GCUCAUCGGCUUUAAAUCAUCCGCCCCACAUACACGGUGUUGAUCCCCGUAUAUCCCCGCGCACACUUCGUUCAACAGCGUUUGCGCUGCGCGAAAUACCGAGAGAAGCGCCUUUAUUCCGCCUGCAGCAGAUAACGGCAUAAAUCUAGCGGUGGUUAACGGUGCGCGAUUCGAAUGCUCGCUCGUGCGCGCGCGCUCUUUCUCUCUCUCCCUCUCCGCUCCUGACGUCAGCGAGAUUGUCUCUGAGAGCGUCGAGCCCAGCGCACUCUCUCUCCAUACUGACCCUCCAUUGUGCGCACGCUAACGAUGCCAGCGCUCGCAGCCGCCGCCGCCGCCCAGUAGAGACCUCCCAGCCCGAGGACCGAGCACCACGACCCCGCUACACAGUCCGAGAGCGCGCGCCAGAGACUUAUGUUCCAGCCCAACGUUGUCUUUUGCGGGAUUUAAUGCUCUAGCUAGUCGCCGACAGGGAGAGAGAGAGCGAGUGUGUGUGUGAGAGAGAGGGAUAGGGACAGCCUUAGAGAGGGAUAAGGAAGAAACACCGAGGAUAUUUCUCACCCGGACCGUUUUGGAGAUAAAAAAGAGCCGAGGUUCAUCUAGCCAUGGGAUGUACACUGAGCGCAGAGGAAAGAGCGGCUCUGGACAGGAGCAAAGCCAUCGAGAAAAACCUCAAAGAAGACGGAAUCACUGCUGCUAAGGAUGUGAAAUUGCUCCUGCUAGGGGCUGGGGAAUCUGGGAAAAGUACCAUCGUGAAACAGAUGAAGAUUAUCCAUGAGGACGGUUUCUCUGGUGAUGAUGUGAAGCAGUACAAGCCAGUGGUCUACAGCAACACCAUCCAGUCUCUGGCUGCUAUCGUGCGUGCCAUGGACACACUGGGGCUGGAGUACGGAGACAAGGAGCGCAAAGCUGAUGCUAAGAUGGUCUGCGAUGUUGUGAGCCGUAUGGAGGAUACCGAGCCCUAUUCUCCAGAGCUGCUGUCCGCCAUGAUCCGCCUGUGGUCUGACUCAGGCAUCCAGGAGUGCUUCAGCCGUGCCCGCGAGUACCAGCUCAAUGACUCCGCCCAAUAUUACUUAGACAGUUUAGAUCGGAUCGGUGCUGCAGACUACCAGCCCACAGAGCAGGACAUUCUACGAACUCGAGUGAAGACCACCGGGAUUGUAGAAACCCACUUCACUUUCAAGAACCUGCACUUCAGGCUGUUUGAUGUGGGAGGUCAGAGGUCGGAGAGGAAGAAAUGGAUCCACUGCUUUGAGGACGUGACCGCUAUUAUCUUCUGUGUGGCUCUGAGUGGAUACGACCAGGUGCUUCAUGAAGACGAGACCACGAACCGUAUGCACGAGUCCUUGAAGCUGUUUGACAGCAUCUGCAACAACAAAUGGUUCACAAACACCUCCAUCAUUCUCUUUCUCAACAAGAAGGACAUAUUUGAGGAGAAAAUUAAGAAAUCUCCCUUAAGUAUCUGCUUUCCAGAGUACACAGGUUCAGACACGUUCAUGGAAGCGGUGGGCUACAUUCAGUCCCAGUACGAGAGUAGGAACAAGUCAGUCGAAAAGGAGGUCUACUCGCACAUCACCUGUGCUACAGACACGAACAACAUUCAGUUCGUCUUCGACGCGGUCACUGAUGUCAUCAUCGCUAACAACCUGCGCUUCUGUGGCCUUUACUAACCCACUGUGAUGCCCAGCUCAUUCACAACCCCAGAAUACAGUGGCAAACGUUGUCAGAUAUGUGACAUUUUGUCUUUGUUUUAUACUUGUAAAUGUCUCCAGUUGUGUCCAUCAGGUCAUUUGAUGGCAUUUUAAAAGGUGAGAACUAACCCAAAAAUGGCGAUAGUUCUCACAGAGCUAUUCUUUAAUUUACAUGCUAAAUUUAAACCGAAGGUCUGAACUCAAUUAUUGAUUUUAGUACAUUGUUACAAAUAUAGGAAUGUGCUUUGAAUGUCCUUCCUGACACCUUCCUAGUGUGGUAGACAGAGGUCAGGAGAUAUUUUAAGUAAAAAUUGGUGCCAAACGUUCACUACUUCCUAUGUUUUCCUAUUGUAACUCAGACUGAGUCAGGCCGAUCCUCUCCUUAUUACAUGCUGUGCAGAUAAAUACUACCAGAUUCAAUGAGGUUACGUGGCAAAUUCCGGCGACUAUGUCAUUGGAACUAUUAUGAUGUUCUAUACACAUGUAUUAUUUUCAAAUAAAUGCAUUAUGGGAUAUGAAUCAGUGAAUAUUCACAAGCUGGCUCAUAUUACAUGUGUUCUGAGUUGGCAGCAAUCUCAGAGUGUUGAUGGAACACUAGGCUUGACAUUUACUUGGCAUUUAGAAGAGACUGCAAAUGUCCGAUGCCCUGAGCCAAACCACAAAAAUGUUAGCCUCUUAGCAUCCUAAAAAACAACAGGACGUGUUAACUCUUCAAAAUUAGAUUUUGGACCUUUUUAACCAGACACCCAGGACAUUCCAAAGAUACAAAAUCUUCCUAUUUGUUAGCUUUUCGCAUGUUGUUGAGAACAGACAAAGCUGAUUUAUGAAGAGAGAUAACUAGAUUUAUGUCACACAUCAGCUGCAUCUAGAUGUAUAUAUCUGCUAUAUGUUAAAGUUUGGGGUCAUUGUGUUUUUUUUUUUUUACCACAGCUGCAUUUGUUUGAUCAAAAAUAAAGAAAAUGCCACAAGAUUUUAUACUGAAAUAUCCAAAAGCCACUAGAACUGCCCUGUUGAAAAAAAACAGUACAUGCUGGUUAGGUAUGUUUUGAAGCAUGGCUGAUGGUUUGAGCUGGUUUAAGCUGGCCCUUAGCUGGUCAUGAGCUGGUUUAAGCUGGUUCUUAGCUGGUCAUGUGCUGGUCUUAAGCAACUAGCUCCUGUUUAGGACCAGCUUAGGACCAGCAUAUGACCAGCUUGAACCAGCUCAUAAACCAGCUAAGGACCAACUUAAACCAGCUCAAACCAGCAGCCAUGCUUCAAAACAUACCUAACCAGCAUAUGCUGGAUUUUUCAACAGGGAGUGUUUCCAAGAAUGUUUAAAUCCAGAGAAAUAAGCCAUUUUAUUUAGUGGCCCUAUUAUUGAGUCGCCGGCCAAUAACGUCGUACACCCUCAAUUUCUGGUUUUAUUUUGUAGAAAACAUGGAAACACCAAAGAUCCUUUAAUAUGUUAGCGUUUUAUUAGACAGGUGACGAAUGCACAUUAUAACAUAACUUUUAACACACUCAAAUGAUAAAACAGCGCCAGAGAUGAGAGGGCCAGUAUUACUUACUAUUAGAGAAAGCGUAACGGUCAACAUGGAUGACGUGUGCCUUGUUACCCAAUCACAUUACAGCCUUGACAUCAAUGCAUUUCAGUCAGAGCUGUGCAACACACAGAAAUAAAUGGGAAGUGCUGUAAGCUGAAUUCCACUUGUCGCUCUUAUAAAGCCACUUUUUUUUUUUUUUUUUUUGUGUAAACUAAAAAUAAAAAACUAUUGUUUAGUGUACACAUGAAGAUUAGCCAAUAGACUGUUGAUUCAGUAAAUAAGAUAUUUCCUCUAAAAAGCUGUUUAUUCAACGUAGUGAAGCCUCUCCAUUGACAUACAUUAACAUUAACAUAACGUCUGGUCUCCUUCCCUGCAAUGCAGCGUUAGCUUAGCCAUUAUGCUUUUUUUUGGCUAAAGGUUGCAGGCUUGCCUUCUAGUGGUUUUGACAGCUUUACCCCACAUACGCAUGACAGGAAGUACACUGUAAACAUUUUCUCCAGUUUCAACUUAAAAUGUUCAGCAACUACAUUAAAAUGUUAAGUUAAAUCAACUUAAAAGUACAAGUAAUUUCAUCUCACUACAACAAAAUAAUUUAAUAUGACUUUUAAGUUGAUUUAACUUAUGAGUUGAAAUGACUUGUACUUUUAAGCUGAUUUAACUUAAAAUUUUAAGACAAAACUUAAGUUUUUAAGUUGAAACUAGUAAAAGCUUUUUACAGUGUAGCGUAAGCGGUUGACUGUGGCAUAAUAAAAGCUCUGCCACUUUCGAGCCGUGUGACGCGCUCGUCUUUCAUUAGCAAUUGCUCCAGCGGCUUUGUCCCAUAAUUCCACACUUAAUCACUGCUUCAUCAAACUACCCUUGUUUUGAAUAUGCACCCUCGGUGGUGACAAUUACAUACUGUGCUUUUACUGUGCUGCCUUAGUAUUUUGAGGAAUAGGAAGUUCAUACCUGAUCUCAGGACAAAAACGUACCUGUGGGAACUUUUUUGCAAGAUGCAAAAUACGUACCAACAGGGAAAUAUCUCUGCAGUUUCCAAUAGAAAUUAACACUAAAGGCGGUAAAACAGUCGUUUUCAUACACAGUUAUGAUUACAGCUCCAUAUGUUUCACUUUCCAGAUGUAACAAGCUUGCAUGGCAGUUCAGCCAGCAUGGAAAUGGACUUAGAAUGCGGAAUCCUUGGGUACAAAUCCCGUGAAAAACAUGUCUCAUGAUGAAAGAGCUGAAAAAUGAGAGACCGAAAAAAAUUCUAAAACGGCAUGUUUGCGAUUGCGUUUUCACUUCACAUUUGCUUUUGUUGAUGCUAUUGGGUAGGUUUAGGUGUAGCGCAGAUGGUACGUUAUUAUACAACAUCAUUUUCGUUUUUCGUCUUGAGAUCAGGAUGGAAAGUUUAGAAUGUCAUUUAUUUGAAAUAGAAAUUUUGUAACAAUGUAAAAGUCUUAACUGUUACUUUUGAUUUUCACUUCAUAUUUGCUUUUGUUGCUAUUGGGUAGGUUUAGGUGUAGCACAGAUGGUAUGUUAUUAUAUUACAUCAUUUUCGUUUUUCGUCUUGAGAUCAGGAUGGAAAGUUUAGAAUGUCAUUCAUUUGAAAUAUAAUUUUUGUAACAAUGUAAAAGUCUUAACUGUCACUUUUGAUUAGAAGUAUUAAUUCCGUGAAAAAUUAUACUGAGCCCAAACAUUUGAAAGGUAUACACACACACACACACACACACACACACACACACACAACACACACGCAACAACUGGAGUAAUAAGCUUCAUAUUAGUAUAACUAAAGUAAUAGAAUCACAGAGCUGUCUCAUCACACAUUGUCUGCUGUUUUCUUUGUAAUUUAGUCUGUUUUAUACUAUCUUUCUUGAUUGCUUGAUUGUAGUGCUAGUCAUCUUAGGGUCGAGACUGAAUGUAACAGGUACUGAAUGAACCAGAGCUGAAAAGACUGUUUGGUCUGUUGCUUUCUCUAGAACAAACAGACACGUGCCUUUCAUUGAAAAGAGACCUUGACCAUUAGGUCUGCUUUGAGUCUCUGUGUAUGUGAAAAUACAGAUUUGUAAUUGACAAUAAUUCACAGUGCCAUAUAUGCUUUAGACGUUUGCUGCUAUAUGUGUACAGUGCUUCUUAAUAUUCAUCUCUCCAUAGCAUCACUUUAGUCAGUGUGUGAAUAAAUACAGUGACUUUCAGGGAGGCUGACUUAUAAAUGACUUUUUUAAACGUCUGAUGAAAGGUAUUUUUAAUCUUGUGCAACACAAAUUGUAAUUUGGCACCAGAAGCACAGCAUGAUGAAAUUAUCUAAAAGACCCCGUUGAGUCCUAUAUCAGUUUUUAUUUAUUAAUUUUAAUAAGAUUCCCUUAACCUUUUGCUUUGAAUGUCUUUGAGGGGUUCAAUCAGCUACUAGCUACUGUUAAUCUAUGAGAAAUAUGAUUGAGUUCAGUCAUUUGCUUCAGACAGCCAAAAGAUAGUGAUUUCUUUCAUAAACCAAAAAGCCAAAACAGUGACCACAACUGUAAAUCAUAUACUGUCCUUGAUGUAGAACAUGCUGCAUUGUGCCAACUAUGAACAGUCAAUGUAUUAUUGUAAGGCCAUAAGCACCUUUCAUCUAUUGUUCAGGUCCAUUAUUGGUCAGUUUACACACAUUUAGAGAGCAGUUAAAGUCAAAAGUUUACAUACACCUUGCAGAAUCUGCAAAAUGUGAAUUAUUUUACCAAAAUAAGAGGGAUCAUACAAAAUUCAUGUUAUUUUUUUUUAGUACUGACCUGAAUAAGAUAUUUCACAUAAAUAAUAGUGGAAUUUAUAAAAAUGACCCCAUUCAGAAGUUUACAUACGCUUGAUUCUUAAUACUUACCUGACUUUUUGCUUAUUUGAAACCUUUUGAAUUUUUAAAAUGUACACAUUUUCAUUCUUUUCAAAAGUUUUCACCCCCCAAAUGCAUUUUGUUUUCUUCUGAAGCAUCAGUGAGGGUUUGAACUUUCUGUAAUAGUUGCGAGUCCCUCAGUUGUCCUCAGUGUCAAAAGAUGGAUCUCAAAAUCAUGCAGUCAUUGUUUCAAAGGGUUCAAAUACACAAAAAUGCUGAAAAACCAAAGAAUUUGUGGGACCUGAAAGAUUUUUCUAAAGAACAGUGGGUAGUUUAACUGUUCAGGACAAACAAGUGACUCAUGAACAACUAUCAAUAAACAACAACCAAACAAAAAUCAGUAUUAAGAAUCAAGUGUGUGUAAACUUUUGAACAGGGUCAUUUUUAUAAAUUCAACUGUUGUUUUCUCUUGUGGACUAUAUGUAAACAUCUUUUAUGUGGAAUAUCUUAUUCACGCGAGUACUAAAUAAAAAAUAGCUUUCGUUUUGCAUGAUCCCUCUUAUUUUGGUAAAAUAAUUAACAUUUUGCAGAUUCUUUAAGGUCUAUGUAAACUUUUGACUUCAACUGUAUGUGUAGCCAUAUAGUGACUUUCAUUCUAGAAGCCAAACAGUGAGUGUAAAGUCAAAGCAGUAUCAUUUUUAGUAAACUUCUUUGACCUUAAUCCCAGUUUGAUGGGCCAUAAAAUUUGGAUCAUGAUUUUAAAGAAUGAGGAGUAACGAGACGGGUGGCUAUUGUACGUCAGUCGUCAGCUCAGACACAUGGGUAAUUAGGUCAGUGGCCAAGGUAAAGAAACUCAAGGGUAAUUGAGUCUGUCCGUUGCUGAGGGACAAAGGCCAAUUUGUUCCCUGGCUUGUAGCCAUAGUACAAAUAAAUGUUGGUGAUGAAUCCAGACUUCUUUCAUCAGAGUGACUAAUGUGAUAAGUUCAAGCGGUACAUUUUGCUAAUGUAGCAUAAUUUCCUUGAAAUGGUACUUAAAUUUGAAAUAGUGAGUGGUGUUUAAUUCAUAUUUGAUUCUGAUUUAAUACAGCAGGGCCCUGGCAGACGAGAGCCGUGCUAUCCCAUCACACAUACUACUGUAAUCUCACCAUCCAUCACUUUUUGUUUGUUUGUUUUUGUCAAACUGCUGUAAUUAUUGUUUGUAUGUGUGUCUCACUGCUGUGAUUAUUUAUUGAACAAUGGAUGCCUAUUUAUAUGACAUGAAUGAAUAAACUACUCAUAAAUUC